AUGUUCGGUAAAUUGUUACAUCCACUGAAUCUUGAAGAGUAUCGCAUGGAUAUACAAUUAGACACUCCGUAUGAAAAGAAAAGUAUAUUAAAAAAAGACACUGAUGGUUGUGAUAUCUGUGAUGUAAUUAACAAAAUUAUCGAAAGACCACAAUCAAAACAUGAAAAUUGUUGGAGGGAAUUACGUGGAUUACUGAAUGUGAUGCAACCACAAGACUGUGCAAGGUUGUGUGAGAACAAACCACUUUUAGAAGAGAUCGAGUCUGUUAUUCUCUCCCAAAAUCAGACAGCCACCACAGUUGAUUCCAUAGAAUGUGCAUCAAAGUGUGGACAUUCAUUUGUUUAUUCAAAUAAAGUCGGCAUAUGGAAGGGGGAUAUUACUACUUUAAAAGUCGAUUCAAUAGUAAACGCAUGUAAUAGUGCACUUCUUGGGUGUUUUUCUCCAAAUCACAAAUGCAUAGACAAUGCAAUUCAUACUUUUGCUGGACCACAACUGAGAAGAGAUUGCUACACUAUAAUUACAAAACAAGGUUUUGAUGAACCAACUGCAAUUGCAAAAAUUACUCGAGGGUAUUGUCUCCCUUCCAAAUAUGUUAUUCACACUGUUGGACCAAUUGUAGAGGAACAACUUGAAGAAAAGCAUAUCAACCUUUUGAGAGCAAAUUAUGUAUCAUGUCUUGAUUUGGCAGAUGAUAUGAAAUUGAAAUCAAUAGCUUUUUGUGGGAUAUCAACAGGAAUCUACGGCUUUCCUGCGAAAGAAGCUGCUUUGGUUGCAGUCAAAAGUGUUCUUUCGUGGUUGCUUGAUAAUCCCCAAACAUCAAUUGAGAAAGUUGUGUUUGACUGUUUCACCCCAAAAGAUGUGGAGUACUAUGAAAAUGCCUUCUCCGUGUUUGACAAGAGUGCAAAUGAGAAAGACUUUGAUAUUGUUAAUCGAACUAAAAAUAAAACACACGUGCUAACAGAAGAAGAUUCAAAAAACAUGAUAAAAGUUGUGAAUUUUUUGAAAGACGCCACACAUGUGGUUAUUGGUGCCGGUGCCGGGUUCUCUGUAGAUGCAGGGAUAGACUUUAUGAACACAAAAUAUUUCAGAAGCUUUGGGUAUCCAUUGUACGAAUAUGGUAUAACGAAAAUGCUUGAAACGAUUGGCUUCCACGACUUCAAUGAGGAAAGCCAAUUUUGGGGGUUCUUUGCUGUGACAAUAACAGAGAUGCGAUACAAACCUUUAACAAAAGAAAACAGAUACUACAAACAACUUUUAGACACAUUGAAUCAACUCAACAAAAAGUACUUUAUAAAGACGACAAACGUGGAUGGGCUUUUUGAAAGGAGUGGAUUUGAAAAGGAUAAGGUAUUCCAUAUCCAAGGGGACAUGAACCAAAUUCAGUGUUCGAAAGCAUGCACAGACGAAGUUUAUGAAUUUAAACCAAUAUGUGAAGAGAUGCUAUUAAAUAUAGAUCCAACAACAUUCUGCAUUGAUGAAAAAUACAUUCCAAAAUGUCCAAGGUGUGGAGGUAAAAUGACAUUCAAUUUAAGAGAAGACGAUUUGUUUGUUGAUGGACCAAACUUAUUUAACCAAAAAGAGUAUAUCCAAUAUGUUGGAGAAGGAAUGAAUGACAAAAUGAUUCUUUUUGAGUUUGGGGUUGGAAGAGGCACACCAGUCCAUAUACGAUUUCCCUUUGAGAAAUAUGCGAAUAAAGGAAAAAAUGUGCUUUUGGUUCGCAUCAACAUGGACAAAGAUUUAUUAUUAACAGAAGUCGACAAAGAUAAUUAUGCGGGGUUUGGCAUGAGUGGCAAAGAGUUUAUAGAAGAGAUGGUCAAGUAG